UCAAAUGGUCACACUUAGUGGGGCGCCAAGAGAAAAUAUCGAUAUCGAUUCCGAGAGUUCUGAUAAAAAUUACAAAUAAAUAAAUUACAAAAAGCGAACGAUAGAAAAUCAUGGAAGAAAAUGAGCCCAGGGGUGGCGCUAUGUGGACAUUUAAGCUGGUGGCACCGUACGUGAUCGUCGGCUACCUGUGCGGACUCGCGGUGACGCUUGCAUGGAACUGGUGGCAGCUGGGACACUUGCUUCUGGGUCUUAACCUCACCUUUGCGAUUCCGGUGGCGCUUGCUCUGGCGCCUCUUUACAGCCGGCCCGUGAGGUGCAUUUUGACGCUGGCCGUUCCCUCGCUGUGCAGCUCCCGGGGCAGGGCGUUCCUCAUCAGCCUCGCUUUUGUUGUUGCCGCCUUCGGGCCUACGGCCAACAUUCUAGCCAAUUUGAAGGUGAUGCUCCGCAGCCUCGCUUGCGGACAGGAGCUAUUGCGUCAGGCGCUUGGUCAGAUGUUGGACGUAAUACUGGAGCCAGUGAAUGCCAUCCAGCUGGCGGUGGAUCUGUUGCUGCAGGAAGUGCGUCGAGUGCUGAAGCUGGCCAUGGUAGUGCUGUUACGCAUUCAGGAUCACCUGAUUGAAAUUAUUGAAACCCUGAAGAACUGCGCCGCUUGGCUGAAAUCUAUCGUAGACCUGUGCAACACAGAAAUGGGCACUCCCUGGGCACGUUGUAAAAUGACUGCUCAUCAAGCUAUGAUCAGGUGUCAGUCAAAAAUGGGCAUAUUCAAAGCCCUCUGUCAUGCUACAAAGCUAUUUCUGGCCCUCUGCUACCCCGCCAAGAUCAUCGAUGUGUUUUGCAGCGGUUACUGGGAUUUCAGCUGGGGUCUCCUUGAUAAAAUCUUGAAACGCUACCGCGAAUUUGUGCGGCACAUCGAGGAAAUGUUUGACGCCAACAUCACCUUUGAGCAUGAAUUUUUCUUCGAUACAAACUCCUCGAAGAGCCUGGCGGACGUGGGGGAGGAAAUUAUACAGGAUAUUAACAAGCGACUGUCGUCGUUUAUCUUCUUGAGCAGCUUCGUGGACAUUCUCUGCUGGGUCAUGGUGGUUACUGUGUUUUUUAAAGCCACCAUCUUCUACCUGCGAUACAUGCAUAGCCGGCAGUUUCAGAAUGUGUUCUUGACAAAGAUACUAAGUGAUAUAGACCGGCGGCACGAAAAGCACGGCUACGAUCCACUACUACCCCUUCAACAUCUUGAAAGGGCAAGGUAUAUGAAGCUUACUAGUCUGCGCUUGACUUUGUUUGAGUUUGUGUCCAUUGUUGAAAACGCCUGUUUCAUGGCCACAACCAGUCUGCAGCUGUUUGCGAUCUGCUUCCUGGAUUAUGGGCUGUUCUGGCUGCUGACCACUAUGUCCUUUCAUGGCCACCAAGAGACUGGGUUGGAGGUGCCCGCUUACGUCGAUCUUGAGAUUAAGGGUGGGGGUUUUGUGGCCGACAUAAUGCGAGGAAUAGCUAAUGCCUUUCGACCAUUGACGCAAAAAAGCGUUCUAGACGUGAAUCCCUGCCUUCCGCUGCCCCUGAAACCAGAUUAUUCAGAGUAUCUAAUUAUAUUACUACUCUGUCUGCUCGCUUGGUUGAUCCUUUUGGCGGAACCCUAUAUUUUGCGCACUCGCCAUCUCAUUAUGGCCUACUUCUAUCCGAAACGGGCCAAGGAAAGAGGCAUGUUUCUGUACAACUUAAUUUUCGAAGAUAGAACAAGCAUUUUUAAGUUUGUUCGCCGCAGAAAGCGUAAUGAGUUUAACCACACACGGAAUGUUAAGCACACCAGAAACUUUACUUGGCUGAACAAUCGAUUCUCCUGUUUAAUCUGUCGGUGCUCCUGCUGCUCCGCAUGUCAGAGCACUGAGAAGUGCACCAUAUGUGGCCGAUCUCUGACUCCUUCGAAUCGUAACCCCUGCGACACUCCUGGAUGCAAAGGGGUUUAUUGCGGUAAAUGCUUUGAAAGGUCUCACAAUAAGUGCUGUCUGUGCAAUCGACCCGUGGAUUAUGGUGAUUUUUCCGACGUUACUGAAGUGGACGACUCUUCGGACUACUCCGAAAAAGAAUCUUUUAGCGAAAGACGGUACAGAAAGGCCUGUGGAGGACAACGCUAACAACGAUACCCGGAUAGCCCAGGAAUAUUACCUUCAAUUAAAUACCUGAAACCCGGCUAAUUCAAAUAUAUGGUUUUAGAAACUUUACGCUAAGGCCAUUUACGAUAAUUAUGCGGACACG